AUGCGUCGCUGGUUGUCUGUUCCUCCAGAGGCAAAGGUGAUUAUUAAUCGUGUACGAGGUACGAGAGACUUGUUGGUCGAUGAAUCACAGCGACAUCGUGAUGUGAUUAAUGAACUGCAGCGCAUUGUGGAGCGCUUUGGAUUUCGUUCGAUCCAGACGCCGCUACUCGAGUAUACGGAUUUAUUUUCGCGGUCAUUGGGCGGUGGCUCUGAUAUUGUUAUGAAGGAAAUGUACACGUUUAAGGACAAUUCAGACAAGAGUGUAACAUUGAGACCGGAAGGCACUGCUGGCAUUAUGCGGACUCUUGUAAGCAACAAUUUACUUUUCUCACUACCACAAAAACUAUCGUACUCGGGUAGUAUGUUUCGGUAUGAACGUCCUCAGCGUGGAAGGUAUCGAGAGUUUCAGCAGUUUGGUGUGGAAUAUGUGGGUUCUUCUGGCCCAUCGGUCGACGCCGAGGUUAUUGCCAUGGCAUCGGAUGCAUUGGACGCCCUUGGCAUCAAGAAUAAAGUUGUCCUGGAAUUAAACUCACUAGGUGAUAACGAAAGCCGUGCAAAGUAUCGCAUGGCGCUCGAAGAAUUCUUCUCAAAACGCAAGGAGGACCUAUCGGUGGAUAGCGUCAAUCGUCUUGAGCGAGGGAGCGUGCUUCGGAUAUUGGACUCGAAGAGUGAGAUUGACCAGAAACUUGUAGCUGAUGCACCACAGCUGAGCGAGUUUCUCUCGGAUGAAUCCAAAAGGCGCUUUGACAGCGUUUUGAAUGGCUUGGAUGCAUUGGGAGUUAGCUAUCUACAAAACCCACGCCUUGUGCGAGGACUGGAUUACUAUAGCAACACCGUAUUUGAAUUUGUUGAGCGACGGUCAGCCAACGCCUCGGACAAGGAGGAAGCACCUCGAGGUGGUUUUGCGGUGCUUGCGGGCGGUUGCUAUGAUGGACUAGCUGAAUCAUUAGGAGGCCCUGCGACGGCUUGUGUGGGUUGGGCAGCAGGCGUAGACAGGUUGAAUUUGCUAUGCGAGAUGCCGGCCAAGACAAUUGUCUCUAUUGCAGUCGUCCCCGUUCUUGCUGGCAAUGAGUCGAACCGGGUGCUUCACGAAGCUAUGCGUAUCGCACAGACACUCAGACAACGUGAUCUGAUGGUCCAUUUCUGUCACGGUCGUGGCAAUAUGAAAAAGUUGAUGAAGGCUGCUGAGCGCUGUGGUAGCACUUAUGCUGUAAUUAUCGGAAGAGCAGAGAUUGACAAGCAACAUGUGAAGGUAAAGAACCUCGAAAAGCGUGAAGAGGUUGAGAUACCGACGGCAAAGCUGAGCAGCUUUGAGUUUUGUUGA